UUGUGGGGUUUGGUGUAGAGGGGGAGAAUGUUCUUAUCGGGGACUAGAUGUCCCACAGGUGCAGCUGGGCUUGCCCUGUCUCAGUAGUCCUGCCUUGAGACUGAAGAAAAUUCUUGCCUCAUUGAACAAGUGCCUCUGUCUCUGUCCUUGAAAGGUUGAUGUAUUGUUGGAUGUUCUAGAUAAACUACUGAACUGAGGAAAUGGGGAUCUGUAUUUCAAACACUGCUGAAAAUAGGCAUCUUUUUCUGCUGUGAGACUUUAACUGCUACCUUGUCAAGUUUAAGACAGGAAUAGGAAUUGCACGUUUCUUUAAAAACACAAAAACCCUAUUGAAGAUAUUGCUCUGGUUCCAGCUUCAGAUUAAUGAAAUCUUCAGCUCUUCAGUGUACAGAUUUCAUAACUAAUAGCCAUCACUGGCCACCCUCCUUUUUUCAUAAGAAAAUAAGCUUUUAUCCAGCUCAUAGAAGUGAGAACUAUAGUAAAAAUGGGAAGUUGGCACUCUGAACAGUUUCAAAAGGCAAGAUAUUUUUUCUUCUGCCUUUUGCAGUGGCAGGUGGUCCUUGAAAAGGCACCUGCCACAAGUCCAGGUGACCUUGGUUAUUGCAGGAAAGCAGAUCAUGAAGUGGCAAGUCAGCAUGAUGAAAGAUUAUUGGGAGAUUAGCAUAAUAAAAACUGCAGGCUCUGCUGAGGAGGAUCAAAAUGGGUUUAGGAUGUUUAUAAUUUAGACUGCUAUACUUGUGUUUUUCUACAGCACGGACACAGAUCUUACCCAAAGGGCUUUGUUAGGCCCAUUGGUCCUGUUAUGAAGCAGGUUAAUAAUGUUGAAGGAUUAUGGCUAGCUAGCUAAGUCCUUAAGCAUUUUAAAUUAAAGUUCCUUAGCACCAAGGAAUGUAAGAAAUUCUGAUGAGCAAUUUUAGCUUUUCUUUCUUUUCCUAUAUUUUAAUUACUUCUGUUGCCUCCUUUUCUGCUUCAGCCUGCAGAGGGAAGAAGAGCAAAUAAAGGUACCUGCAGUGCAGAGGUGGCUGUAGCAAUUUUGCUGCCAGAGGUGGAACUGCCCUUCAGGUCGAUUUGGGGUGGGUUGGGCAUCUUUCUCUGGAUUAAGGGUGCACUAGGAACGUCUGUUACAGAGAAGCCUUUUCCAAGAUCCCCUGAAGAUCUUUUCAAUGGUACAUUUACCAACAGGAAUGCUCAUCCUCUCCUGGAAAACUAAUAACCCUGCAGUGGCUGCAGCACAGACUUUUACAAAACCAGCUUCCUCCCUUUUGCUUUUGCAAAGUGUGACUGAGUUUCAUCUCUGGCGUUUCUUCCAUACUUCCUACAAUAAGGACCUGACUUUCCUUCUGCAGCACAGGCACGUGUGACUUUGUGGUUCCAGCCUGCUGGUUUGUGUUUGCCAGAGUUGAUUAAACAGAGUAGUGAUUAAGCUCUCCAAAUAAUCCACCUCCAGUUAAUAAAACAUUGCUGGAACCCUGAAAGAGCUGAGGAACAUUGGUUCUGUCAUUCAUUUUUUUUUUGAGUAAUUUGUGUAGCCCCAGCCACUAUAUUCAGGCAAAUGUCAGUGACUGUGAAAAACAAGCUUGAUCUGUGACUGCAAGGUUGCUUGAGCUGGAGGGAGCUGUUAGGCUGGCAAGUGGACAGGCCAUCAUGUGAUCUUUGUAAUCAAAUGAACAGAUGCAGCCAGAGGAAGGCUACAGCUGUUCCUGCAGCUCACAAGCCAAAAGUUAACACAAACUGUUGUGCAAAAUAUCAGCUCCAAAUUCAGUGGUGGGGGAAAGCUACUCAUGGAAGAUAAAGGAACAGAAAAGCUGAAGUUAAUUGAAAUAUCUGUAUUUCUUAAAUCCCAGAUGUUGUACUUUUGUAAGUAAAUUAAGGAGGGGAUUGUACAAGCCAGCAGUGUAUUGUUUUGCAUCAGCAUGUCAGUUGGAUGCUGGUAAUAGACAAAUUGCUUAGUGAUCAUGAGAAUAAUGCAUUGUUCUCAGUGUUUGACAGUCCAUCAAAAUGGCAUUUUAGUAGUUUAUAAACUCUCUUUUCAUAAAUGUCUCCUGUCUGUUCAGUUUCUUACCAGGCAGGAUGUCUUGCAGCCCUAGGAAGGAGGAGAUAAAGCUUUAGAAUAAACUGCUUUCAGUAGCUGUCCUGUGUCACAUAAGCCUGUAGUCUUUGCAAAACAUGUGAAGAGGACAUUGUAGACCUCAUCACUGACUACCUAAGUGUCCUUAGGUAAUGCCUUGUUGUUGCUGACUUAACUGCUUCCCAGCUGAAUCUUAUCCCAGGUGCAAUAUUUGCUCUUGGAGAAGGAUUAAUUCUUGAAAUCCUGGAUAUGCGCAACUAGAGACGAGCUUUCCAAUCCCCUACAAAUUGUCUUCUUUGUUUGUGAAGAGGGCAGUAAUUCCCUCUGGCGGAUGCAAAGAAGCAUAGGACACAGCUGCUUUGGAAAACUCAUCUUUCUUCAAUAAUUCAAAAGUUCCCAUCACUGUCUGUGGAAGCUCCUGUGCCAUUUGGAACACAGCAAGGUAUUUAAUGUUAUUUGCUGAUGUGUUUCUUCGAGUCUACAGCAUGAGUAUCAUGUCUUAGUCAGCAACAAAUACUGGUGUGGGCUUGAAAAACCUACUUAAUAAAAAUAGAAAUGCUUAUAUGUGUAUGGUCUGUUUCUAAUGUCUGCCUUACAUUUUUUUUUCAGCUUUCCAAGAAGCAAGUGUUUCCUUUUUCUAUGGUUUGUUGUCUGCAGAUAAGCCCUAGAAGCUGUUUCACUCUUGAAGCAGUUUUAAAAUGGGAAAGCAAGAAGAGAAAUAGAAUGGGAGCAAAUUGCAAGGACAGUCAUUACUCCAUCAGAGCUGGGCUCUAACACAGUGCUCUCAUUCACACAGCUCUGAUGGUGAGGAGUGUAAGGACAGGGUAUGUGUGGAAUCAUCCUUUCCUGAUGCUGCUCCUCUGCUUCAGAAUCUUACAGGGUUAAGGUUGCUCCUGGAUCCUUGUCCAGCAGCUCCCAAAAGCCUUUUUCCCUGUGAAUGUGUCUAAUCCCGUGAUUCAAUUAAUAUUGGUGAUUUCCAGAGCCACCUUGAAUCUUCUGUUAACAGCGGAAAUGCUUCACCUUAUUGCUUACAACAAAAUGAAAAGCUUAUCUCCCUGCUUUGUACCACUUAGGUUUUCUGGACUUUUCUCUCUGGACCAAUCUCUUGUGCCCUUGUGGUCUCCCCUGUCUCAUCUUCUCUUUUUUCCACUCUGCUUUUCUUUUUCCCCCAUUCUCUUCUUCCCCCACCACCUUCCUCUCCCUCAUUAUUUUUCUCCUCCUGAAGAAUUUUUAUUCCAAAUGUUUUCUACCUGUCAGAUGCAAGCUGUUCCAUACCUCUAAGUGUAAUUGUUGACUUUCUGAGCAGGUGGCUGGACUGUUCUAUCCUUAUGGUGCAUUCUGGUUUGAGCUCAGUGCUACUCUGCCCAUAAUGGGUUGCACUGGGUUCUGGUUGAGGAAAAUGCAACAGGACAGAUGAGUUCUCACUGGGGCUUGGUCUGACUCCUUACCAACACAAACCACCUUUGUUGCUUUUAGACAAAGCCACCAUUUGAAUGUGUGAGGGGUUCUGAAACAGCACAGGAGUACAGUACUUCACCUACUGUUUUUAUCUCAUCCACCUGUUUUUCCCAGGCAUCGGGUGCAGGACAUUUUGGGGCAGAAAAACUUCAUUCACUCACAGUCACAUCCCUGUCUUUGACCAUGAGCUGCCCUGAGUCUCAAAAGACCAGGAUUGGUGGGAAGAGUGCUGAGUCUCCUCAAAAACAAGUUAUCUUCAGGAAAAGCACCCGUGACAAAGCUCUGACCAUCUACCUGGGAAAGCGGGACUUCAUUGAUAACAUAGGGAAUGUGGAACCUGUGGAUGGUGUUGUAUUGGUGGAUCCUGCUAUUAUCAAGGGAAAAAAAGUGUUUGUGUCCCUGACUUGCGCGUUCCGUUAUGGCCAGGAAGACAUUGAUGUGAUUGGCCUCACCUUCCGCCGGGACCUGUUCUUCUCCAGGGUCCAGGUGUACCCGCCUGCUGACAAGCCAGAGUCUCUCACCCUCUUGCAGGAAUCUCUGCUAAAGAAGCUGGGGAAAAAUGCUUAUCCCUUUUUCUUUACAUUUCCAGAUUACCUGCCUUGUUCAGUCUGUCUGCAGCCUGCACCUCGUGAUGUUGAUAAGACUUGUGGGGUGGACUUUGAGGUGAAAGCUUUCUCAACAGAAAAUGUGGAAGAGAGAGUUCAUAGGAGGAACUCUGCGCGUCUGCUGAUCCGUAAGGUGCAGUAUGCUCCGGAGAAGCCAGGACCCCAGCCUUGUGCGGAGACCACCUGGCAGUUCUUCAUGUCCAACAAGCCCCUGCACCUGAAAGCUUGUCUCAGUAAAGAGGUAUACUACCAUGGUGAGCCCAUUCCAGUCACUGUCACCAUCAAUAACAGCACAGAGAAAACAGUGAAGAAGAUCAAAGUCCAGGUGGAGCAGGUGGCCAAUGUGGUGCUGUACUCCAGUGACUUCUAUACCAAAGUGGUGGCUGCUGAGGAGGCUCAGGAGAAGGUGCAGCCAAACAGCAGCCUGACCAAGACACUGACACUUUUGCCCUUGCUUGCAAAUAACCGGGAGACACGGGAAAUAGCUCUGGAUGGAAAACUGAAGGAUGAGGACACCAACUUGGCUUCUAGUACUAUCAUUAAGGAUGGAAUAGACAAGACAGUGAUGGGGAUUCUGGUUUCCUACAAGGUCAAAGUGAAGCUCACUGUUCCAGGCAUGCUGGGAGACCUCACUUCCAGUGAAGUGGGCACAGAGCUGCCGUUUCGUCUCAUGCACCCCAAACCUGAGGAAAAGAACUCAGCAGUCAAACAUAUAUGCCCUGAGACUUUCCAGACUUCAUCUUGGCUUCUGUGCUGGUCUAGAGAGAUGCCACCAGGAGUGUCUUUACAUGAGCCAUCCUUUGAGGCAUUUUGGCUGGAGUGGCCCCCUUUGGCACACUUUUAAUGCUGACUUUUCCAGCAGUGCUUGUUGCCCUUGAUUGCAGUGUGUGUUGUGGAUGGGAAGUCUCCAGGUAGUGAGUUAUCCAGUCACUGAAGUGCUCCAGAUCCUUGCUGACUUCUGUAGAACAAGGGUGCUUUGCUCCCUGACCCAAAGCCAUGAGAAGUAAGCCAGUGAAGUGAUUAUGCCUUGUUAAAAUAACUGUGAUAAUAAUAAAAUCCCUGCAAAUACAGGUUUCUGCUUAUUUUAGGCUGUGCUUAAACAGCUUUGAAGGAAUCCUGCUAGUAAGCAGCAUUUGUUACAGUGUGGUUAGCAAAGAUCCCACUAAAGAAACACAAAUGCCCAAGGUCUUUGAAACCAUCUUUAGGGCAAGAUGAAAUCAGGAGUGUUGCCCCAAAGGCUUAACCUAUCUGAUGAGAGAUUCCUGAGGUGUUUCUGUACUUCAACCUCUAAUUUUAAUACCUCCGUGUUUAUUGAACAAGAGCACCAUCUUCUCAUCUGCUGACUGCUUCAGUAACAGUGACAGAGCAAUUAAAGGCUGACAUCAUGUCAUGCAAGCACUGUCAACUCAGAGUCCCGGUGUGUCCCACAGCUGGACUCCCACAGCAGUCACCAUGAGCAAGCAUAGUUGGGAAAAUCUUUGUUCCUCAGUCCUUCAGGCAGCUUGGGCAGCAUUGCUGGAAAGCUUUUCCUUUUGGGAGGUAGAGUUUAGCCUCGUCAGGUAUAUGUAUGCACAUUUUGAGACUUUCUGGAAUUCUACUUGUACUGCUGCAAGUUCUGCUUCUUGCAACUCCUCUGACUUGUCAAGUCUAUACAUCUUUUGCAUUAAACAUUUUGAAAAUGUUUUAGUAUGUGCUGUUCUGACUACCUGGUAUGUUUUUUCCCUCUUUUGCUGCA